AUGUCAUCUCACACGCAGAAUGACCCGUUCGUGGAAGCGCUUCAUGAUGCAAUCGAUCGCGCUGCUGCAAUUCUUGUCUCAAACUAUCCAGUUUUCAAGUUGGUGGUUUCGGAAGCAAUGGAAACGGUAUUUGCGACGAAAGCAGUAGCAAGACAACUAGCAUUGGCCGUUGCACUUGAAACAGGGAUGGUCACAGCCAACCAGAUCUUUCACGUGUUCAACAUGAUUCUUUCACACUUUUCGUCCAAAUCAAGAUUGAUUCGUCAUCUGAGCGAACAACAGACACAUGCUGUCACUCAAGACGAAUGGAUGGACUUGGCAGAGAGAAUCGAUCACAUUCAAGGUGAUGACAUAUGGAGAAGCGAUCCUGAAUGCCAGCUUUAUGAAAGGGAACGCAUAUCAGCAAGAAUCGAUGAGUUUGUGCACUUGAUGCGGAGACGAGAUAUCUUCGAGAUGAUGUUUGAACUGCGUGGAGGCAUAGGUCGAAACAGAUUUGGAUUACUACACGAAGGACUCUUUAGUAAGGCCAUGGCUGGCUCUAAAGUACUUGUGGAAACGUACCACAAUGUUGUUUGCGCUGCAUUAGAUUUCGUCUGCGACGUUCCAGUACCCAUCGGAGAGCCUCCUAUUCCUACGGAUGCAAGAUUGGCCUUCUUCAAUGAAACCAGGCAUUCCUAUGGGCGCACUGCACUGCUUUUAUCAGGAGGGGCUGCGCUUGGAUUCUACCACGUUGGUGUUGUGAAAACAUUGAUGCAGAAUCGACUUAUGCCACGAGUACUUGGAGGAUCAUCUGCUGGGUCAAUCGUUUGCGCAAUGGUUGGAACAAGGACUGACGAAGAAUGUGAACGAGAUCUCUUCCAGUUGAAGGGAACAGAAUCACCGGGUCAUUCUGGAAAGCUCACUAUCAACUUCUUUCGACCACUUCACAUCCCACUUAAGAACAAUUCGAAAAAGGUUGGGGCUACACCAAUGCAAGAAGCCUACAACAACUCGGCUGGAUUUUUCCAUGAUGUCAAGAAGACGUGGCAGAUCCUAUGCCCUAUUCCGGUGAGGCGAAUCACUUCCGUAAUCUUUGAUUUAUUGACUUUGAAAACGCGUCCACAGGAACUAUUGAUGUCGGAUUCAGAACACUUUCGCCUGGCUCUAAGGACCAAUAUUGGCGACUUCACAUUCCAGGAAGCAUUUGACCGCACAGGCAGGAUUUUGAACAUCACGGUUACGCCAAACAACUCCAGCGAUCCCCCGAGGUUGCUGAACUAUCUCACAGCACCGCACUGUCUCGUUUGGAGUGCGGCUGUCGCGUCUUCUUCGCUCCCAGGGGUUUUCGAAGCCAACAGGUUAAUGGUCAAGGAUGCCGACGGCACAGUGAGAUAUGAGAGUGCGGAAUCUGCGGUAUUUUCUGAUGGAUCAAUGGAACAAGACCUUCCAAUGCAGCAACUCAGCGAAAUGUUCAAUGUGAACCACUUCAUUAUUAGUCAGGCAAAUCCUCAUGCCCUAAUAUUUUCCUCGUACGCUCAUCUGAGGCGCAUCUGGUCGAAUCCUAUAUCCGGUUUCGUCAAUGCUGUCUUGUCAUUCCUAAAGGAUCGAUGCCGAAGUUGGCUUGCCCACAUCGUGGAGCUCGUUGGAGCGAGGACAUUUGCUCCACAGCAUGCAACUUCGCGCGGGAUCAUGGCACAAUUCUUCGUCCAAGAAUAUGAAGGUCGAAACUGCGACAUUUCCCUGAUUCCGUGGUUGAAUCAUCGAAGCUUGUUCUCUGCACUGAUGCAUUGCUUAUACAACCCAACUGAGGAAGAAUUCACCGACUGGGUAUCUGCUGCGGAGCGUGAAACUUGGAAGCAUCUACCGGCAAUCAAGAGUCACAUUGCAGAGGAAAUAACACUAGAUCUCUGCGUACAGCGUCUACGUAAACGUCUCUUAGCAGAAUCCUGGGGGAAACGAAGAAACCAUUCAACUGGUCAGAAAAUGGGAGAUAGAGUCCCGAGCUUUUUCACGAGCCCAAGUUUGAUCAACCUUGGAGGUCUAGCUGUCUCGGAUCAGUCAAAUAUCGAGAGUAUCGAGCGUACACAAGGUUCCGGUGUAUCAGCUGCCAGUGAAGACCCAAACGCUUUACAAAAUGUAGAAAUCAAUCAGGGCUGGGCAGGAAUGGGAUUGCGCGGCAACAGAUCAUGCAGCAGUCUCGAGCGGUCACCAUCAGCAGCUUCAGGUCUUUUCAUCGAAGCUGAUGGGCCGCUGAACAUCGACAGUAGCUAUCGUAUGUUCGCCGACCCAGAAGUAACGCCUACCCCCACAAGCCCAAUGGAACCAGACAGAAAUGGGUACAUCAAGACAACGAGCAUGGCACAAUUUUAUUACAGGAAUUCGUCAAGUUACACCCAACUAUCACGCGCUCGAAGUGAAGAUCAAGUUGCAAAUCUCCGGGUAGGUGAGAAAGCCAGACGGAAAUCGAAGAGUAUGCACAGCUUCAGACCGGAUGAGCAGUAG